AUGGACAUGAGCACCGGCCCAACAGCUACACGUCACAUGCCGCCCAGCCAACCUGAUGGAUCGCUGGCUACUCACGCUGAGCAGGGUAGCCAGCCAUCAGAUGUCGAUUUUGUUCAAAGUACCAAUACGUAUCACACCAGCACGGCAUCUGUUAUUGCAAGAAUCGAAGGCAUUCUCCGCGAAGUGCAAGACGACCUCUUCCAUGGCCGUGCUCUCUCCAUCCCCUACAAGGCGCGACGUCCUGGCACCAGCCGGGCUAGCGCAGGUUUGCUUCGGUUCCCAGGGAGCACGCCGCGAGAAGCCAGUAAAUUUGCCCGGGUGAUGAAGAUCCUGAGUCUUUCGCAUGGAGCGUUGGUUGGCGGCACCAUACUGACCAAACGAAACAUCUUUUACCAAGACGUGGAGCUCUUUGGCAGUCAGGCCAAUGUGGAUCAGCUGGUUGAUGACCUGGCCUUCACUCUGAACCUUGGACGAGAUGUUCUCAACAUUGUGGCUGCCGGCAAGGGCCUUGCGUCAGGACCCGUCACGAUACACCUCCAGAAUGGCACCCAGGUCGACAUGUCCUCCGGUUCAACAGUAUGGCACACGCUUCUGAGGCGAUUCAUCGUAGUACUAACUUGGCAGGGUAUUCUCAUACCUUCGGUCCGAGACGUCGUCGGCAUGAACUUUGCAUCGACCAAAUGGGUUCUCGUCAUCGAAAAGGAAGCCGCUUUCCGACCUUUGGCUGUACAGCAAUACUGGAGGAAAUCAAGCGCAGGUCAUGGCGUGAUUGUCACGGGCAAAGGCUACCCAGACCUCGUCACCAGAUCGUUCCUUCACGCAAUCCAGGCCAUGAAGCCCGACAUGCCGAUAGUUUGCCUCGUUGAUUUUGAUCCAGACGGUCUUCGUAUUAUGCAAUGUUACAAACACGGAUCGCAGAGCCUCAGACAUGAAAUCCACGUUGUACUGCCUCGGUUGCAGUGGCUCGGCAUUCGAAGCGCCGAUCUCAUGCCUGAUGGACAACGAGGUGCCGAUGGCGACAGAGAGGGAGUGCCGCGGGAGCUACCUGCUGACCCCGCUACGGUCAUGCCAUUGUCAUUGCGGGAUCGUAGCUGUGCGAGGAAGCUUCUCGCUUCUUUUGACGAAGAUGGCGCAGAUGUUGAUGACUCGGAGUACAGACGCGAGCUGCAGAUUAUGCUCGUCCUCGGGGUAAAGGGUGAGAUACAAGCUGUGGACGACGUGGGCGACCUGACGAAAUGGCUCGACCGUAGGCUACUGUGUGCUCUCGGUGGCCUAUAA